UUAAAUGGGCAGAAAAGCAGAGGAGCAGAGAAAGUGAAGACCGCCCUCGGUCCUUACCUCUGCGUUUCCCCAUCCACAAGCCUCUAUACUAUGGUCUGCAGCUUCUUUAUCUUUUUGUUUUUGCUUUUAUUUUUGCAGUGGCUAUGUUUUAGUUGUGUUUGUACUUCUUAUUCUUACACGCCCCUAAAAUAUCAUGAGUUUUGAGCUUAUCAAGCAAUCUCACCACUGUUUUUAACUUUCAUCUGCCAUUCAUAUUUCACUUUCUUUUAAUAUAUUCUAAUCCAAGAUUUCAUCAUUGUCUCCUUUCCUUUCUGGGUUUUUUUAAAAAGAGGAAACUAUUUGUUCUAGCAUGAGAAAGAUUUGAUCUUUUUUCGCUGUUUCUUGUAAAUCCUAUCUCCAGUGUUCUAUCUAUAAUCUAUUUGUGUUUAAAAACCCCCAUGCCAAAAUCUACUGAACCUGAAGAUGGAUCUGAAUCUGAUACAGAUAUAUUCAAGAUCCGUACUUUUUACCUUUUUUGGCCAUAUAUAGCAAACCCCAUUUACCGGUCCACCAAUUUUAUUGCUCCCAUGAAGAGGUCAAUUAGACCCUUGAUAAGCAUCGUGAUGCUUGUUGUAUUGGCUGCAACCUUAAGCUGUCGGAUUGCCAUCCGCCGCCGUGGUGUCUUUACUGUUUCAGCUGAGCAGGAGUCCACCAGGGUCCUUAACCAACCCCUACCAAUCCAAAAUUUUAACUCUACUUUGCUUAAGUUUGCAGCUACUGAUUUAGGUGAAGAAAAAUCCAAGCUUGAAAUAGAGCAGCUGCUGGAAGGGAACUUUGCUAGUCAAGGAAGGUACAGGACUUUUGCAACUUGGAGGAGGUUCAAUCACCAAGAUGUCAAAGCUAGAAAAUCUAAUGUAUUACCGGUAAUGCUCAAGUCCCCAAAAUUUUAUCGGUAUUGGUUAGAUUUUAGGAGGAACUUACAGGAUUGGGCAAGAAAAAAAGUGUUUCAACCUGAUAUUAUGAUGGAUUUAGUUAGAUUAGUUAAGGUCCCUAUUGAUAGCCACAAUGGUUUAAUGAGUAUAGAUAAAAAGUAUAAAUCUUGUGCUGUUGUGGGGAAUAGUGGGAUUUUGUUGGAUAGUGAUCACGGGAAAUUGAUUGAUGGUCAUGAGGUUGUGAUUAGAUUAAACAAUGCUAGGACUGAGAAUUUUGAAAAGAAUGUGGGAUCAAAAACAAGUAUUUCAUUUGUAAAUAGCAAUAUACUGCAUCGUUGUGCUAUGAGGGAAGGGUGUUUUUGUCAUCCUUAUGGAGGGAAUGUUCCCAUGGUUAUGUACAUUUGUCAGCCGGUUCAUUUCAUGGAUUAUCUGGUCUGCAAUUCGGCUCACAAGGCACCUUUGUUUAUUACAGAUCCACGUUUUGAUAUGUUGUGUGGUAGGAUUGUGAAGUAUUAUUCAGUGAAACGAUUUGUGGAGGAGACAGGGAAGCCAUUGGAUGAAUGGGGAUCUACUCAUGAUGGUUCUAUGUUUCAUUAUUCCUCUGGAAUGCAAGCUGUUAUGCUAGCUUUGGGAAUUUGUGACAAAGUUGGUGUAUUUGGCUUUGGCAAAUCAACUUCUGCAAAGCAUCACUAUCAUACUAAUCAGAAGGCUGAGCUCCGAUUACAUGACUAUGAGGCAGAAUAUGCAUUCUAUCAUGAUCUGGUGAAGAAUCCACAAGCAAUACCAUUCAUUUCAGACAAGUUCAAAUUCCCUGCUGUGGUAAUCUAUAAAUGAUUUCACCCGGUCUAAUAUUUUUUAUUUUGUCUUUGGUCAAGGUUAAAUUGUUGUAUUCAUGUUGUAUCAGUAUUUUUCCACUAGAUAGUCAAAGAAAACACAAUUGCUGAAGAUCUCUGUUUCAUAUUCUGGCCCUAUACUAUCAAAGGUUGUUUAGGGUAAUACGAAAUGUAAAAUUGGAAACUAAGAAUGUGAAAAGAGA